AUGGCUGCACACUGUAGUGGUACUCUUGUCAGCACAAGCCCAAAGGCAGGGUAGGCUUAGCACUAUAACCGCAGCUGCCAUUCAGCAAGGUUGUUGGAUGUUUCUGCGUGAUUUCCUGCAGUAUAUUGUAAGAGAGUUUGAAAGUCUUGGGGGAGAGUGGGUGGUUUUUAUACAACUUAGAUAUUCAUCACUCACUUCUUGCUGUCUACACUGUACACCUUCAGUGUAACUCUAGUAAUACAGAGCUGUGCCAGAAAGAAAUCGGCCUCAAACAAACAAAAUGUGGUUGGUUUCUGUUGAGGCUUACUGAUGGCAUACAGAAGCAUAUGCACAUGUGCAUGCUCUCCACCUUAAAGAAGGGUUGUGACUUGUGCAACCCUUGUUUAGACAGAUUUAAGUGGAACUAGUGUAAAAAGAGUCUUUCUGUUGGGAAAGUUGGUAUCUUGGGAAGAUCAUGAUCUUAAAGUGGGAUUUGUAACACCCACGAGUCUCUGUUAUCCCGUCCCUCCUGACUGUCAGGUUUUGUGCAGGAUCUGUGUAUCCUGCCUUGUGCCAGUAGAGGCCACAGUCACUACAGUUGCUGAGUAGUCAGUAGCCACAGCAUUUUCGCUUCCUCAAGACCAGCCUUUCUGGGAGAGAUUAAUUUCUGGCAGGCUGCUGUACAAGGAAUAGGUUGGGUCACUGAGACAGUUCUAGAGGAAGCUGGAGGGACAAAACCAGGAUGCAGGGGAGCUAGGGAAAUUGGAGAGACUGUAAGUUAACAAAAACACAGGAACAUUUUUUGGAAGGGCGAGAGAGAAAGAAAUAAGAAGUGAAACAGUGAAGACAAAGAGGAAGAACAGUGCCAGGAGGGUUGAUCCUUGAAACUGCUGCAUGAUGGGAGAAGCCUCUAUCUGGAAAGAGCCAACCUGGGCUUGGUCUCGUCCGCAAAUAUUUUUCACACAGUGCUGAUCACGGCAUACUUCCUCUUUCAAACUGCAACUGGAGUCUUUAUUCAGUUAAGACAUAGGGGAACUGAUGCAGGGAGAGAGACGCUGAGGCAUGGGAUGGCACGGAGACAGAACCAUUUUGGACCUGAAGAUCGGAUAGUGCUUGUGGUGUCCCUCUGUGCUGCUCCCAGCCUUUGGAUAAAAGGACAACUCGUGCCAGUGAUAUAAGUCAGGCAUUUUCUGAACUGUUACUAGUGUGUGCCUUUUGGAAGGAAUUUGUAUGCCUCAUUCUAUCGAAGGGUAUGUUGCCAUUUUGAGUUUAUAAGGGUAGAUAGGUUGAAAUUGAAUGAUUGUUUUAAUUGCAAAAUUUUUAACAAAUUUCGGCUCUCCUAACUGUCUGUCUUCAUAAUGCUGACUUCACAAGCUUCAGAGAGUCUGGCAGCUGUACUGAUUGCUGAUCAUAUAUUUCCUGCUGCAAAGAAGAUACUGGUGACCAGCAGACCAUACUGGGAACCUUACUGUUGAAGGCAGAGUUCUAUACUUCAAAGAGGGUGAAAAUGCCAAAAGUUAAUUAUUGCUUAAAUUCUCUUGUAAAUGGGGAAAUACAUUACAUAAAUAAUUUGAAAGGAAUGUUUAGCCUUUCAGUUCCUUGUAUUCACUGAAUACUGCUACUGAAUUCGGUGCUGAUAGUUGACUUAAGUUAGGAAAAAAUCUUCCAUCAAAGUGCAUGUUAAAAAUAGGCUCGAGUGAGUUGGAAAUGGACUUCAGAGAAAGGAGGUAAGUCGUGGAGAAUCUGGUGACACAGCAGGACAGUGGGACUGAGGUAUUUUUAAAUGGGAAGAUAUAAUUGAUUCACCCUUCCUUCACUGUCUUUUAAUUAGGAUUUAUGUGUGGGAGCAAAUAUACUGAGCUGUGCUGUAUGCUAGAAAGUCCUGGCUAUGCUGCUUGAUCCAAAUCCUGAUGUGAAAUGAGUACAGACUUCCACAGACUCCUUUUUGACAUUUCUGAGGCUUUGGUCACAGAUGAACUGGCAGCUCUGAAGUUCCUCAGCCUGGAGCACGUCCCCAUGAGGAAGCUGGAAACCAUCCAGGAACCCAAGGCCUUCUUCGAAGUGCUGCAGGAGAAAGAUAUGAUAGAGGUUGGGAAUCUGUCCUUCCUGAAGGAGUUGCUCUACCGGAUCAAUCGGAUGGACCUCCUGGCUGCCCAGCUGGGCUCCAGCCGAGAGGAGAUGGAGAGAGAGCUUCAGAUUCCAGGCAGGGCACAGGUGUCAGCUUACAGGCAAUUGCUAUAUGGAAUUGCAGAGGACUUGACUCCAGAAGAUGUCAAAAGCGUGAAGUUCCUGCUCCAAAAACAAAUACCAAAGAACAAGCUCCAGGAUAAUGCUUCAAUGUUGAGGGUCUUACUGGAAAUGGAAAGAAAUGGGAUAAUUAAAGAAGAUGACCUGACAAUGCUGAAAGAUAUCUUAAAGGGAGUUAGAGCUGACGUAAAGAAAAAAAUUGAUACCUAUGAAGAAAAAAAAAAAGAAAACGAUUCUAAGGAAAAACUCCACUAUCCAGUGUCUGUGUCUGUGCAUCCAGCAGGACAAGGAGCAGAGGCGGAGACACCACGCCUGCUUGUGGAAUCAUAUAAGAUGAAAAAUAACCCCCAUGGUUACUGUGUGAUUCUUAACAACUACAUUUUUAAAAAUCCACGUGAAGCCAGAGAAGGAACAAUGGAAGAUGGAGAGGCUGUGAAGAGGGUCUUUAAGUGGCUUCAGUUUGAGACAGUUGAGCACAUGGAUCUGGAAGCAAAGCAAAUGUAUGCGAAAGUUAAAGAAUACAGCAAAAAAGAUCAUAGUAACAUGGACUGUUUCGUUUGCUUCAUUUUUUCCCAUGGUGAAAAAGACAAAGUAAAAGGCGUUGAUCAUGAGUUUGUAAAUAUUAAAGAUUUACUCUCCUGCUUCAGUGGAUCUAAUUGUCCUUCUCUUGUUGGCAAACCCAAGCUGUUUUUCAUCCAGGCUUGCCAAGGCUCUGUAGGUCAUCCACCUGUCACAGUAGAAGACGACUUUUCUGGCCAUCUUGAGACGGAUGCUACCCCUUUGACUUCCAUUCCUGAUCAGGCUGAUAUUCUGGUUGGCAUGGCUACAGUGGAAGACUAUGAGUGCUACCGCUGUACAAAGACUGGCAGUGUUUACAUUCAAUGCCUCUGUGACAAGAUGAAGGUGCUUUGCCCACUCCGCAAGGAUCUCAUAACCAUCCUGACAGAAGUGAACAAGGAAGUGGGAGGAAGAGUAUUAAAUGGAUGGAAGCAGAUGCCAAAGAUAACAUCAACCCUACGGAAGCAAUUGAUCUUCCAAAUUCCACAAUGUCUGUCAACUGAAAAGUAGAAAAAUAAGAAUACACUCAGUGAAGAAUCACAUCUGGAAUGGGCUUCCACAGGGAAGAGAAUUUGCAAGAGAAAUUACCUGGAUCUGUGUAGUUAGCCCCAGUCCUUCAAGGGGCCAUGGGACCUAAAUUUUGCAAUUCCCAUGUUUAAUCAGUCUCCUGGCACCUGGAUCUGUAGCAGUCUGGUAAGGCCAUGGAGGAGUACAGAUCUGCCUUUCUGUCCUGCAGAAGCAGUGGAGUCUGUUCAGUUUCAAGUGAGGAAGCACUUCCAAGUAGUACGAUUUUUAAGAGUUAUUGGAAAUUCCAAUGGAAGUCCCAUUUCUGUCUGAGUUGUUAUUAAGUCCCUGAAAUCUGAAGAAAAGAACAGAUAGAUUGAGAGCGCUAGAUCCCUUCCCAGGGAGCAUGUGUAAGAUUGUAACUCAUGUACCCAGAGGUGAAUCAUUGUCUGUCUCUGGAAGCUGCAUAAUUUUUCAUGGAAAAUAACAUCCCUGUCCAAAGGACCAAAAAAACAUUAUUAUGAUAAUACAAGUUUAGUUCUUUUCCUCCAAAUAUUUGGUUUGCUUUAUGUUACUAAUUUACUUGGCUAAACAGUACUGCUGUUUAGGUUUUUUAAUAGUAAGGGUUCUAAUUGUGGUUUUUCUCAGAGCUCUUAGGGAACAGUCUGUUUUGAAUGGCUGUCGACCACUGGAAGGAAGGUCCCGCACCAUUAGAUCCACUACUCUGAGAUGCCUUUUCCUCCUGGCAACUGGCUCUAGCUCCUGUGGACUCUUGUUUCUGUUAUAAUAAAUACCCUUGG